AUGAAUAAGCUCCAACCUCCAAUAGAACUCAAACCACACAAUUGCUCGUCGAAGUCCAAUCGGUCUGCUUCGGGGAUUCUUGGAUCCACAUCUUCAUGUUCGUACUCCACUAGCAGACAAGAAAGUAGCCAUUCUCCUCUAGCCGGCUUUUCUUGUUUCAGUGAUGAUGUCCAUGCCCAAAAACUCAAAGUCCGACUCCAGUUGGCUUAUUACAAGUUGAAAACCAACCAAGCUGCACUCCCAUUGUCCCAACUCUCCGGUAAUAAUAACAAGAACCUUACCAAUCACAAUACCGUCUCUCAUAAUACCGGUCAAUUAGACACAGACCUCAUGUUCCGCAAAGUGCUUAACCAGUCUCCACAUCUUGCUACCUCAUCACCAAUUGCCGAAGUAUUAUCAGCAUCGUCUAUUUCUUCGGGGUUAUUUGGAUCCUCACUACCAAAACUUUCGGAUUUCUCGUCUCCGGAGACCACUGAGUUUCUCAGUGACAAUAGAAAAGGUCCUUCUCAGUUAUUAGGGUCUAAAACCACCAACUCUGGAACUUCAUCAUCAUUCCCAAAAAGAUUGAGCUCCGCAUUAUCCCCAAGCUUGAUCGCCAAGCCACCCAAGAUUUUACCAAAAAAGCAAAAAAAAACAUUCGAUUUAGACAUGAUGAUGAAUAGAAUGACGAAAUUGACGCAAAAACAUUUGAUAAAACUAGAUAAUGGGUUCACGAUUAAUAACAGGAACUCCACAGUUAUCGUGAAUUCCAUCGGACAUGUCUCCUCCACAGUUGACCACAAUCUCACCCUUGCUGCUCCUGGGGCCUUGGAGUCUUGUGCUUCUUCUGUUAGUACCACCCCAAGUACCAUCGAUACUAUUGAUACCACCGCUUCCACCGAUAUCAACGAUUCGAUCGCGGUGCUCACCCCAAUAAGGCUUUCUGUUCCAAUAAAGCAAAGUCUUGAUAAGGAACCAGGAAACACCUCGACAUCCAUGGGAGCAGCGAAGUCUUUGUUGCAAUUGUCAUUACGUUGA